AUGGCAGGGGUAGCAAAGGAGGCAGUCGUGCCCAUCGAGGCCGUUCUUCUAGGACUAGCCAUCAUCCUCGUCCUCGCACGCUUAUGGCUUCGUCUGGUGCGACAGCAUCAGAAGCUAACCAUCAGCGAUUGGAUCCUCAUAGUUUCAUUGCUCGAUGCUACCGCUCUGUUCACGACCGAUACCAUGGCGUACAGCCUCGGCGGAAUGGACGAAUACGACCCCGACGCUCCUCAGGCUCCUGUUGACGAACAGGUCUUGUUGAUGAAAGUUGCUUUUGCCGGAAACUAUUUUUACGACACUGGAAUCUACUUCCCCAAAAUUGCGUUGCUUGCCUUCUACUUCAAGCUGGUUCCGCCAACGAUGCCGAUUCUUCGAAAGGCGCUUUACAGCAUGUUUUCCGCAUCGACUGGGCCAUGA